GUGACUUGACAAGAAGACCUACGAGGACGACCUUAAUUCCGGCGACCUUUCACUUGCUUCAAACAGGAAGGGAGGCCACCACACUCGUCCUCUUUCCAAGCUUGCAGCGCUGGGCGUGUGACGCAGGUCCUGGCAAGAUGGUGAAGCACAACAAUGAGGUGCCCCACCAGCACUUCAAGAAGGACUGGCAGUCCUACGUCAAGACAUGGUUCAACCAGCCAGCCCGCAAGAAGAGAAGACGUCUAGCCCGUGAUGCUAAGGCCGUCCGUGUGUUCCCCCGCCCAACUGCUGGUGCUUUGAGGCCAAUUGUGCGGUCGCAAACAGUUAGGUACAACAGCAAGCAGCGGGCAGGCCGCGGGUUCACCCUGGAGGAGCUCAAGGAGGCGGGCAUCCCCUCCAAGCUGGCCCCCACCAUCGGCAUCGCUGUGGACCACCGGCGCAAGAACCGCAGCCUGGAGGGCCUGCAGGAGAACGUGGCGCGGCUCAAGGCGUACAAGUCGAAGCUGAUUGUGUUCCCACGCAGGUCCAAGAAGCCAAAGGCUGGCGACUCGAGUGCAGAGGAGCUGGCGCAGGCCACGCAGCUGACGGGCGCGCUGCUGCCGGCGGUGCGCAGCGCUGCCCCGCUGGAGCUGGUGAAGGUGACGGCGGAGCUGCAGGAGGCGCGCGCGUACGGCAAGCUGCGCAUCGAGCGCACCAACGUGCGGCUGGAGGGCAAGAGGAAGAAGCGCGCCGCAGAGGCGGAGAAGGAGGCCAAGGAUUCCAAGGCAUAGCCGCAGCACACAUGCUCUGUUGUGGACAUCCGUGCUGUAAAUUACCUGACGUCGAGCCCCUUGUUGUCCAUUUCUGUCCAUGCACUUGUUUGAGGAAUGUCGGUGUUUGUAUCGGGAUGUCAUGAUACACAAGUUUGAAGAAAUUGGCUGAUCUAC